CAGUUGUUUCAGAUUAGGAUAGUUCGUAUCACGAAUUCAUUCUUGGUCUGGUUGUUGUCGUUUUAUAAUUAUGAUUGAACGAACAGUAAGAAGUAAAACUCUAAAUGUCGAGCGACGACCCUAAGGUCUGGGUAUUUUGCUUGCGGUCUCAAUGAAUCUUGAAGUAUUUUCUGUCUGCGUAGUACUUUCCAAUCACGAUUAGUAGUGUGAUCGCCUAUAUAAAGCCUUAACAUUGGAGCAUGCUUAAAAAAACUGAAACCAUGCUUCUGAAAAUACAAAGGAUGCGAAAAUAGCUGGCGCACGGUUAGGACUAUUCUUGUCUGUAUUAGUACGGUUCAUAUACCAUGGAUCCUCAUUGGCUGAAAAAGCGUCUCUAAAAACAUUAAAAACAUUACGCGUGCAUGUGCAUCGUUGGCUUGACAAUUUCUUGGAAAUCGCCAUAUAGUAUUCAGAAACUUGAAAGGAAUACGCCUUAAUGCUUUACGUGGAAAAUCAGAACAUUUGAUUCAUAUUCUACACUUAUCUACGAUCCAGUUGUUGUUGCUUUAUCGCCAGGUUUAACCAGUUCGCAAAGGAAAAUAAGUGACAUAAAAACACUAGACAAUUUCUGAGUUCCUACGUGAAUCAAAGUGCGGAUCCAAAUCACGCAAAACACUCCAUCAAAACCAAAAAAAAACACCUCGUCAUUUCAUGAUGGUUCUUGGACGAUCAUGGCUUUUGCAAGCACUAUUCCUCGUCAUCAAAGUAAGACUGGUUUUCGCAAGCACUAAGACAAUCUUUGUUUCACCUCCUGGAAAUGAUCUUCCUUCUUGUGGUUCCAUUGCAAAUCCGUGUAAAACACUAGACAUGGCGUUACAAACAGCGAAGAACCGAGGUAUGAACUUCACUCGAAUACAACUCAAACAAGGGAACUACGACUUGAAGAAAACAUUCAUCUUCACUUCCRCAGAAAAYGUUUCUUUUGUGGGAGAGACUCCUCAAGUGGUAAUUCAAUGCUCGGUUAAUGUAAGCCUGACUUUUCUAUUGAGUCAAAACAUAGAAUUGCACAACUUGAAGUUCAUGGGUUGUGGAGGAUGGCAGAAAAGUUURGUGGCUAGUARAGGCWCUUCUGGUACUUUACAGUACAUGGAAUAYAUAACAGGACUGUACUUUAGUUAUGUAAAAAACCUCCAUAUUAGUAAUAUUGAAGUCUCGGCAAGUCRUGGUGUCGGAAUAACGCUUAACGAUGUCGCAGGGACUAUCAACAUAACAAAGAGUGCGUUUGUUGAUAAUCUGCCUAGAGGUAGACAAAUUAAUCAGAUAAACACGAGCAAGACGGAAGAAAAUAAUCGGGCACACACUGGAGGAGGUAUAUUUGUAUUACUCAAUUCCUAUGGUUACAACCUGAUCAAYAUCAGCAAGGAGACACACGACACUUAUCAGAACAAUAACCAAUACUUGUUUACCGACGUCGUCUUUCGUGGAAACGARGCGGAAAGUCCCGGAUUUAAAGUCACAAUGAAUACUCCACUAGUGCCAUUMAGUCGUGGCGGAGGUCUYGGCAUAUAUUUGUUCGGUAACGCCAGUGGUAACGUACUUACCAUAACRAGAUGUGAGUUCGUUGGUAAUAAGGCCCAGUGGGGAGGGGGUUUACAAGUGGAAUUCAAGCAUUUCACUCAAAAUAACCRUCUACACGUCCAGCAAUCCAUUUUCAAAGAGAAUUACGCCAGCUUUGCCGGAGGUGGGGCGAGAUUCGGGGAUUUAACGAUGUCUAAACGAGCUCUUCUGCCAAACACGUUCCAUUUUGACGACUGUCAAUUCCUCAACAACACUUCUAUCUGGGGAGGAGGAACCUCAAUGUAURGCACAACAUUCAUGGGACAAAUAGAGUCGCCAUCAAACAGACAGAAGUUUGUAUUAAAUAAUUGUUACUGGGGAGAGAACAGAGGCAACGUAGGAUCUGCCAUUGGAGCCUUUCUCUUYAACCUCAACGAURACAAUAUUGGACCCUAUCAAMCAGUCCAUAUAGUUCUUGAUAACUGCAAAGUUGUGAACAAUGAAGUCAUUACUCAAGAAGAGGACAUUUUAAUUGGUCAWGGAGCGGURUACACAGUUGAGGUGCYCAUCAUAUUCAAAGRAAACAUUAGUAUUGGGAAUAACACCAAUACUGGUAUGGUACUGGACUCRGCUAUGGCAGUGAUUGRUGGACAAGUUGUAUUUCAUGGUAACAAAGGAUACCGUGGAGGAGCAUUGGCAUUGUAUGGCAACUCCAGAGUAAGACUCRGCAAGAGGUCCAAACUGRUCUUCGUWGGUAAUGAAUGCAUGGAGAAGGGAGGRGCAAUGUACAUUAAUGCACCAGGACCCCCUGAGGUUAGCUUUAAUGCAACAGGCUACAGUACGCACCAGUGUUUUUUUGACUACGUUGAGCAAUUCGUUGACUACGACCAAUGGGAAACAGAAAUAGUCUUCCAAAAUAACAGAGCACCAAACGAAGAAUCAGGACUAUCGGUUUACGCCACGACACUGCAAAAUUGCCGUCGUGUCGGCGAAAAAAGAAAAAACAACACGGUUCUACAAUGGCGUAUUGUAACAUUUCUCGACGCAAGCGGUAAAAAUCGAACAAGUGUGAGUAGAGAAGUGUCGACGGAUCCUUUAGAUAUUGCAUUUGAUAAAGAUGAUUGGAUUGUUGGGGCAAGUGAGCCUUUCAACGCUUCGUUGGCACUCCUGGAUGAGAAAGGCAAUCCUGUUGUUGGAAUGAUAGAUGUCAAUACUUCAAAAGAAGACAGCUCUGGUAAUGUUCGAUUAUCCACACCAUCUUCACUCUUUCUGGUGAAUAAUAAGAAAAUACAGCACCUUUCAUUGGCUGGCAAAGUAGGCAACAGGUUUAGUGUUGUUCUAAGGUCAAUAGGAGAACAUCAGCUUCGAAAAGUCAUAACGAAUCUUACUCUCAAAGAAUGUAACCCUGGAUUCCAUAACGAAGGAGACGAAUGUGUUUGCUCUGACAYCAUCUUAGAUGGUAUUUCACGAUGCGGAGACGAUAGAAAAAGUGUGUACCUGAAGCGYGGCUACUGGGCAGGKAUGGUCGAUGGAAAGUUUCAAACCGCAAUUUGUCCUGUCAACUACUGUACAUGUCUUGAUCCAUUUGGAAGUAACCUCGUUGGUGAAUGCACUUAUAUUCCAAGCCAAAUAUGCGAUGGAAAUCGAGACAGUGAUAGCGUACUGUGUGGAAAGUGUAAGCCUGGAUAUACGGCUGCUUUUGAAAGUGACGAAUGCGUUGAGGAAUGCAGUGAUUCAAAAAAAUGGUAUUUCCUUUUAAUAUUUUUGUGCUUGUUUUUGUUGGUGUUAGGUGCAAUGGUGAUUGAAGUGGAUGUAUUCACUGGUUAUCUCAACGCCUGGCUCUACUCYUAUCAGGUCAUUACACUUAUUACGCCAGGAACAUUUGCCUUUGAUGGAUUCAUGACUUUUGUUAUUGGACUAGCCAACUUAGAAUUACGAGUUAAAAAAUUCUGUUUAAUAAAUGGGAUUGACGACGCGGACGAGAUGAUGAUAACGUUAUUAAUCCCUGUAGUAACGAUGAUCCUAGUGGGGGUGGUGUUUUUCUUUGGCGCAAAGAAGAAAUGGUGUCCUCGCCGUUAUACUAAUAGAGUCAAGUCUCCUUACAGUGCCUURUGUAUCUUCUUGGUCUUAUGCUACACUAACAUCACGAGUAUUUCGUUGAAAAUCCUUAACCCUGUCAAAGUAGGAGAUAAAUUACAGCUGUUUUUACAAGGAGAGCUGGGAUUCUUCCAAGGCAAACACAUCGGGUAUGGUAUCACCGCUAUCCUACUCAUCUUGUUAGUUGUGUUGAUGGUUCCAUUUCUUCUUAUAAUCCAUUCAUGUACUUCAUGCGUCAACAAAUGUGCUCAAAGCCUAAGACCAUUAUUGGACAAGCUACAAGGUUGUUUUAAAGAGGAAUACCGCUGGUGUGGUGCGUUCUAUUUCCUGAGUCGGUUGUUCAUAUUGGCAUUGGACACCUACAUUACUCGCAGUCCAUUGAAGCGAGCUUUCCUCGAAGGAGCAUGCGUACUCAUACUGACGGUCUUUGUAUACCUCCGACCAUACAAAGAAGGGAAAGAAGGAGAAACUAGUUACGACUGGAUCAAUAUUUCAGAUGCAGUUCUUCUUUCUAACCUGACAGUCAUAGCCAUAUUCAGUUCAGUUAUCGAGGAAAGUGCAUCAAAAUCGGUCAGAAAAAGAGUGGGUGUGCUGAUCAAUGCUCUGGCAUACGUACCAUUGAUCGUCUUAACUGCAGUGCUAUAUAAGGCUUUUCAACAGUAUACCCAAACCCGCGACAAACAGGGAAGACAUCCAUUGAAAGUCAGGUUUUCGCAACUGUUAUACAACAGGAAAGGUAAUGAUAAUGAGGUCAGUGAAUCGACUUCGGAGAACCGAUUGUCUGGUCAUCGUACAAGUGCUUCUGGAUACAGAUCCUCUGUAGAGUAUUGAUUAGCAGGUACGGUUACUGUCUAAAGCCUGUUGUGGGCUCUCUUUUCAACUUUAUAUUGCCAACUUAAAUGUUACCUGGUUUUUCCUUUAAUUUGCCAUUCCCCGGCAAGUGUUUAUGAUAAUGCUGAGUUAUCUAUAAUUUAUAAAUAUGAUGAAAUACUGAGGAGCCCAGGUUUGGCAUGGUAACAUGGUAAUAGUCCCCUUCACGGUUCCCUGCGCCAUCUUGAAAGGUAGCCGGGCCUUUGCAUCGCAGCGAGACGAACGGUGGGCCACAGGCAGCCCAAACAAGGUUCCUGUUUAUGGUUUAUAAGGGAAUGUAUGGGAGUUAUGAUAAAGUCAUGACAAUAAAAUUUUUCACUCAACAAUUUGCCUCGAAACCUGCUGCAGUUGUGAGCUUGCAGUGAUAGGAACCUGUGAAUAAUUGUCCAAGGUGUUGAAUAAAGGUCUCUAUCAUUGCAUGCUCACCGUUCGUGUCACUUCAAUGCAAAGGCACGGCUACCUUACAAGAUGGCGCAGGGAACUGUGAAAGGGACUAUUGGCCACUUUAGAGUGAAGAACUGAGAAGGAGUACGACAUGGAAGGUAUUGRUAAUUAAUCUUAUUAAAAGAUGACGAGAAAGAGCACAUGAAAAUCAACAGGUUUCUGCAGUAUAGCUGCGAUUUGCUAAGUAACAGCUGAAUUAUAAGCAAUCAAAAACAUCAAAAAAUACAAAGAAAUGUAUAUUUACUAGCUGUGGACACUCGUCYCCAGUAACCAUACUUUUCUUUGUAAUUUUUGAGAAUUUUGGAAGGUUGCUACUCAAAAGGUAUGAAACCUAAAGUCUUGAAACUCCAAAAAUUUACUCAUUUUGAUGCAUGUACUCUUUCUUUUUAUGGUGGUUAUUUUUUAACUAGAUUAAUUCUAAAAACUCGUUCCCAGUCCUCAACUCGUUUCUAAGGUGGCCAAUUGCCCUGUUUCAUUAUGACGUCACGGAUUGCUUACGUGGACAAGCGUAAUAGAAAUUUAGGCUAAAUCUUCUUUCUUUUAGAGAUAUUUAGUGGAAUAUUAAUAUAUAUAUUAAUUCUCGCUUUUCACUGUCUCAUGCAUAAACCGAGUUUUACUGGGCUUUCGUUUGUGUUGCAGCUAUUUCAUCUUCUCUGUAGACCAUAUGAUAUCUAACAAUUUUACAGACUAAAUAARCUAUAAAUGUCGAUGAUCUUUUUCGUUAAAACGAUAGAUUGUUUUGAUGUGACGUCAAAGUAAAAUAGAGCAAGUAGAUGCAAUUUUAAUUCCAGCUUGGAAUCUAAAAUGUAGAGACAUACGAUGGAGCCAGACAGCCCGCUUUAUCGUCGUGCAACUUAUAUCAGCUAGCUAGGUGGUGGGGGUGGAGGGGGAAGGGUUGCAGAAAACGUUAAAGGGCCAACGCAACGCAACGCAACUUUCAGUGUAAGCACCGUGGCGAAUGACCAAUCAGAGCGCAGCUCUUCCAAGACCAUAUGCGCUGACAUAUCCGAUUUCAUUGUAGACCAAGAAGCCUAGCGUUCCAAGUUGCGAAGAGAGUUGCGCGUUGUGAUUUUUUAACAGGACCUUUUAAAACAUAUCUACAAAUAAGGUAGACAGGGACAUUUAGAUUUUUACCGUUGAAGCCUUUUAGAAGAGGUCGUAAGGCCGGUGUUACUGCCCAGAUUUACUUGCAUUGAGCAAUUACCCUUCAUUUUUAAAAGUAAGGGAAGGUACUUUCUAAUUGUGGUUGGGGGUGAAGGAGGCCUGUGGGAUUGGCUGUAAACUUACUGAAAAUAGUUGGCACCCCCCUCCCUCCUUCCAUGCCUUUGGUUUUAUUCAGUAAGAAAUCCCGGACUCUCCUCAAAGAGUAAGCUGGAAAAAAAUUGAAACUGAUACCCUCGGAAAUGCGAUUUCCAGAGUUUUAAUUAUGUAACAUUUUACAAAGGCAAUUGCCUCCCUUUCCUCAUAGUGCCUACGGCCCCAGCAAGAAAACAUCUUUCGUCAAAAUAAAAAGGUUUGUACCUUCCAAAACCUCUAAUUAUUUCUGAUGACCCUCUUCUCUGAAGUCCCAGCCCUUCCCUCCCCCGGCGGCCUCCCCAAUGCAAACGUACCUUCCCUAACAUAACGAUACUUAUUGACCAGCAGAAGUUUCAGUGAAGUUUCAACGGAUAUAGAAUACAUUAUAGCCAUAAAACUAUUGACAAGUUCACGAGAGUAAUAACGUAUAGUCUAUAUAUGACAUUAAAAUUAACGUUUGAAACGCACAAAGAAAGACAAUUUAUAAAUUAUAUAACUACUGUACUUUUACUCUCUCGUGCGAAUGCAAAUUGACGUGAAAAAUUAACUAGAGUGAAUAAUACGUGUAAACUUUGUAUAGUGAAGCUGAAACUCAAGUAAAUUACUCUUAUACAAAAUCACUUAUUCACUGUAGUUUUUUUUUUUUUUUU